AUGGAUCUACUGGUCUCUUUGCGUUUCAGAAUGGAUAAAUCCUGGAUGAGUACUGAUAGAACGAAGAAACGUUAUAGAGAAGGAGUUGCGGCGUUUCUGCGGUAUGCUGUCAACCAUCUCAAGGAGGAGGGUGAGACAUAUGAUGAAUUUCUUAUGUUGUGUCCGUGUACAAAUUGUUUAAAUCUCUGUGCAUGCUCCGUUGGAGACGUAGAAGAUCAUUUAUUCGUAAAUGGAAUCGAUCAAACGUAUACUAUUUGGAAUAAGCAUGGGGAAAAGGAUGAGGCAAUAACUAGUAGUAAGCCAGUUAACGUCAACAAUGGUAUGCACGCUGAAUUUGAAAUGGGAACUCCCACUGAUGCUCCAGACGAAGAUUUUGGAAUGGGAACUCCCACUGAUGCUCCAGACACUAUAGAUAUGAUGCAGGCUGCAGAAGAGUUCGCAGAUGACCCUAUAAAGUUUAAAAAGUUACUUGAAAAUGCUGAAAAGCCCUUAUACGAAGGAUGUCCCAACUUCACAAAGUUGUCUGCAAUUGUGCAGUUGUUUAAGUUGAAGAAUAAGCACGGUGCAUCAGACAUGUUUUUUAAUGAAUUGUUACCCUUGUUAAAGGACAUGUUCCCAAAGAAGGAUGAAAAAGUGUGUCCUACUUGUAAAGCACCCAGAUGGAAAGUUGACAGGGAUGGUAAAGUUUACGAGAAUGUUCCAGCAAAGGUAUUGUGGUACUUCGACAUCAUCCCAAGAUUUCAGCGGCUGUUUCAAUCGAAGCACACAGCAAAAGAUUUGAUAUGGCACGAUACCACUAGAAACAAAGACGGUGUUUUACGUCAUCCGGCAGACUCACAUGCUUGGAGAGAGAUAGAUAACAAUUUCCCAGAAAUUAAAGGUGAUCCAAGAAAUCUGCGGUUAGCUGUUUCGGCUGAUGGAGUUGAUGUAAACACAGGCACCAAACAUCACAGUGGAAAGAGAACAUGGGAUGCAUAUGCCCAAGAAAUGUUUACUCUACGUGCAGUUGUUUUGUGGACGAUAAACGAUUAUCCUGCUCUUGGUACACUAUGUGGUUGUCGCUACGCUGGAUAUCAUGGUUGUGUGGUGUGUCGUAAAAAAACGCACAGUAUUAGGCUUCAUGACUCAAACAAGAAUGUUUAUGUUGGUUAUAGAAGAUUUUUACCCUAUGAGCAUCCGUUCAGAAGGCAGAAGGGGGCAUUUGGCGGAAAACAAGAGUGGGAGACUGCUCCAGAACCAAUGACCGGGGAAGAAAUAUAUGAGGAGAAUGUGGGACAAAGUCUUGUUGGAACGUUGCUGCACAACGGGAAUACAAAAGAUGGAUUAAACGCCAGAAAGGAUUUGGUGCGUUUGGGGUUAAAAUCGGAGUUACACCCUAAGACAGAUGACAAAGGAACGAUACUUCCCGCAGCAUGUUAUACAUUAACUACGGAAGAAAAAGACAUAUUCUUGGAGACACUAUCCGAGUUAAGAGUUCCAGAAGGAUCAAUAUCUGCCAAAGAAAUCAUGGUGGAAGAGCUAGAUAAAUUGCAAGAGGAUCUCUGUGUGACGUUAUGCUUACUAGAGAAGGAAGUGAAGUUAUGCGGUCCGGUUUGCUUUCGAUGGAUGUAUCCUUUCGAAAGGUGUAUGAAGGUUAUAAAGGGGCAUGUGCGAAACAAGAAUCAACCUUGUGGAUGCAUUGCCGAAGAGAAUGUUGCAGAAGAGACGAUUGAGAUAUAUUGUGAGUACCAUAAAAGCAUCAGGACAAUUGGUAUUCCACUAGAUAGGCAUAAUACAUCUCAGGAGGGAGAACCGUUAUCAGCUGAAGAGCCGUGUAUAGUUACCCCUGAACAGUUGAGACAAGCACAUUUCUAUGUAAUGCAGAACACGCCUGAAAUUGAGCCUUACAUAGACCGACACAAGCUAUAUUUGGAAACUAACUAUUCUACUAAAAAGCGAGCAUGGCUAGAGAAAGAGCACUCUAACACUUUUGGCGCUUGGUUAAAAAAUGAGGUUGAAAAAGAGUUGGCAGACGACAGAGAAAGUAUCUCAGAGAACUUAAGAUGGAUAUCACACGGCCCGCACUACGAGGUAACGAAAUACACUGUAUAUCGCAUCAAUGGAUAUCUAUUCCGCACAAGAUCCCGUGAUGGUAGAAUUCACCAGAAUAGUGGGGUUAGCGUUGCAGCAAAUGACAUGCACAUAUCUAGAGAUGAUGAUGUUACAUAUGGUAAAGCCUCUUAUUAUGGUGUCUUGCAAGAGAUAUGGGAGUUAGAUUACUGUGAAAGAAAAGUUCAUCUGUUCAAGUGCAAUUGGGUUGAUAAUAAACGUGGGGUCAAAAGAGAUGCUCUUGGCUACAAGAUUGUUGACCUUACUAUGUUGGGAUACAAAAAUGAUCCUUUUAUUUUAGCCUCACAAGCUAAGCAGGUAUUUUAUGUCAAAGACCAGUUAGAUAAGAAAAAGUCUAUUGUUUUUGUGACACCUCCCAAAAAUUAUAGAGAUGACGAUGGCAACGAUGAGGAAUUCAGUACAGUAAUCUUUUCUGCGAAUGAUAAUAUCUUGCCGUCUGUAGAUCCACAAGACUUGGGUAAAGAAUCCCGAAAUGAUUACUUCCGAACUGACUGCCGAGGUUUACUUAUACGCAAGCCAAAAUGA